AUGAAUAUUUCACAACAGCACGAAUCAGAUAUUUACAGCAGAAAACCAGCUCAUAGAACUUCCAAGCACCAAAACUCGAUUGCUACAGUAAUUUCAACUCAUUCUACGUCUAAUUCUUUAGAAACCAUAGAGGAGACCAUUCGAAAACGAAAUCUAAAAACAGAAGAAAGUCCUAGUAUCAAAAAAUUUCGCACACAAGAUUGUGAAUUUAUCCGGAGUGAAAAAAAGCCUGAGAAAUCUGUUCUAUUUAACGAUUUGGAUGAAAUUUUAAGUUUAAGUUUAUCGAAAUCUCUUUAAUGCUUCAAGUAAGUCCCAGUUUCUUCAAGUUCCAACUCCGGAAAUAGCAGCUCUGAAUAACAGUAGGUUGGAAGGCCUAACUGCAAAACCGGUACUGCUUCCGAAUCCGUUAGACCCCAUCAAUCCUUAUUAGACUCAAUAAGUUUCAAAUUACACUUGUCUCACAACUCUCAGAAAGUUUCCUACUCUCUUCUUUUGAGCUUGAGUGUUGGGACUUACCCUACCUCAUAACUGCCAUUUUAUAUUAAUAGGAUGAAAUUAAAAUAAGACUGGAAGAGGAGACAUCAAGGCUAGAUUCUCAAAAAGAAGCGAUCUUGAAAAUACUUGAGAAAAUCAAUAAAAAAUAUAAGUCACUGGAAAUAGAUAAAAACGAAAUUAAUAGGAUGAAAGACGUUAUAAGGGAAAGAGAAGCUAAGCUACUUGACGAAAAAUUGAGCUUAAGACACGAAAGAAUAAAGCUCAAUGAAGAAAGAAAUAAUUACAACGCUAUGAUGCAGUCUCUUAUUAAUGAAUUUCAUGAUGUAAAAUUAGAAAAAUACAGAAUGUAUGUACAUAAGUCAAUUAAUGAGAACAAAAAGAAGAUUUUAGGUAAAAGAUCAAAAAUUUUCCACGGUAUAAAGACUGAAGAGAAAGCUCAACAUCAGGAGACAUUAAACUUAUUUUCUCCAAAUUUUAAGCAAAGGUUAUCAAGAAACGACUCGAACUCCUCAGAUGUUGAAGAAGAAGCUACUCAACUGAGUAGAAAUGUGCUUCUUUUAGAGGUAAAACCUAAUUUUUUCCUGCAAGACUAUCAAGAAUCAAUACUCAGUGGAAGAGUCAAUCCAGUUGCUCCGGAUGAUGAAGAUUUUUCUCCAUCUUUUGACGAUCCAGACACUUAA